UUUCUGCGUGCACAAAAUGACGGUACGUCUUUUAGGAGUACGGCAAAUAGCCUAGUAAUAAAUGGCAAAUUCAUUUAGAUAUUUCAUUUGUUUGUGCAUGUUAUACGUUGAUGAUACUAUUUACUGGCAUCUGUGAAUGUACUUUUGGAUGAUAGAAUAUGGAGAAAGUAAUUAGGACGAAGCCAGUUAUGUUCUGGAAUAUUCUCGUGCAGUUUUGUCUUCAACGAUUUGGUUCAGUCCACCAAGGCCUCGAAGGUGACGUCAGAGAGUUGCUGUAACAACGCCACUGUAUGGGCGCCAUUUUGGCUCUAAGACUGUACAACUUGCUGUUCUCUUGGUUGGAGCCAAUAUGUCGUCGUUCGCGGACCCGCGGGCGUCUAUCUUGGUACAUUCCAAGUGACUUGUGUACAAGAUGGCAGCUUCAUUGGAAGACGAAUUUGAAGAUGCACCCGAUAUAGAACCUUUAGAGCCGACGUUAAAAAAUAUCAUAGAACAAAAAUCUCUGAAAUGGAUUUUUGUAGGAGGUAAAGGUGGCGUGGGCAAAACAACUUGCAGUUGUAGCCUGGCUGUCCAGCUGGCUGCUGUGAGGGAGAGUGUCCUCAUCAUCUCCACUGACCCAGCACACAACAUCUCUGACGCCUUUGACCAGAAGUUCUCCAAGGUUCCCACCAAAGUGAAGGGCUAUGACAACCUCUUCGCCAUGGAGAUUGACCCUAGUCUGGGGGUGGCAGAACUGCCGGACGAGUUUUUUGAAGAGGACAACAUGCUCUCUAUGGGCAAGAAGAUGAUGCAAGAGGCCAUGAGUGCCUUUCCUGGCAUAGAUGAAGCCAUGAGCUACGCAGAGGUCAUGAGGUUAGUGAAAGGGAUGAAUUUCUCUGUGGUGGUGUUUGACACGGCCCCCACGGGUCACACGCUGCGUCUGCUCAACUUCCCGACAAUAGUGGAGCGCGGCCUUGGCCGCCUCAUGCAGAUCAAGAACCAGAUCAGCCCCUUCAUCUCGCAGAUGUGCAACAUGCUCGGGCUAGGAGAUAUGAAUGCAGACCAGCUGGCAUCUAAACUAGAAGAGACUCUUCCUGUUAUUCGCUCAGUCAGCGAGCAGUUUAAAGAUCCGGAGCAGACGACGUUUAUCUGCGUGUGCAUUGCCGAGUUCCUGUCCCUGUACGAAACGGAGCGGCUGAUCCAGGAGCUCGCCAAGUGCCGCAUUGACACACACAACAUCAUUGUCAACCAGCUUGUUUUUCCCGACCCUGAGAGGCCCUGCAAGAUGUGCGAGGCCAGACAUAAGAUCCAGUCCAAAUACCUGGACCAGAUGGAGGAUCUGUAUGAAGAUUUCCACAUAGUGAAACUGCCUCUCCUGCCUCACGAGGUGCGAGGAGCAGACAAGGUCAACACGUUCUCCAAACAGCUCCUGGAGCCCUACAACCCCCCCAACAAGUGACUCCUAAUGUCUCUUUCUCUCUCACUCUCUCUCUCACACACACACACACACACACACACUCUCACUCUCUCUCACUCUUACUCACACACACUUUUGCACACACAUUUUUGACACUGCUCUCUGGUGCAUUAGUCCCCUCAGAAUCCACAGUUGCACACCAUCUUCACUGAUAUUACCAUCCUCCUCCUCACACCUGGAAUGACUGAUGAAAGCCUGAUGGCCUGAUACAGGCAAUCAACACUAAAGAAAACAGCAGCACUCUCUCCCUUGCUCUUUCUCUUUGGUUUCUGUUCAGUCUCUUCUCCAUAUCUCCCAUAAAGAACCAGUGCUAUUCGCUAGUUCACUUACUCAUCACUUACUAGUCACAGCCAGUAAUUGUUCCGUUGCACCAAUUAGUGCCCCAUUUCUCUUUCUUCAUUCAGGAAUUGUUAAUAGUUAUUUUAUUGUGUGAUGGGCACUUGUGCAUGUGUGUUUGUGUAUAAUACUAUAAAAACUACUUUAAAGAUGGUGGAACAAGCCUCUUCUGCCUCUGAUGUGUUUGAUCUACUGAACCUGAGAGAGACCAGUGUUCUUAAUAUACCAGUGUAAAUCUAGACUGCACCUGCUAUGAUCCAAUGACAUCCAAUGAUCCAAUGAUCAUUGCAGUUUCCAGCAGGGACACAAGUCCAAUCCAGUCCACGUUUUUGCUCUGUUCCAUCUUUGUUACUUGUUCGAACCACAAACAGUGUUUCCGCAGCCUUGCAGGGUGGACUAAGGAUUGUAGGCCUGUGCUGGGCUCCUGAGAAUGGGUUUGUUUUUGGCAUGCUGUUUGGGCUUGUGAGCUGGUCAAGCAGUGAGAGAACCCAAACUCAAUAGUGUCAGACCUCGUGACCUUCAGAAGGUCUGUGGGGAGCGUAAGGGGUGCAGAGUCCACAGUGCAUCCAAAGGUGUGCACAGCUGGAAUCCAAGGGAACCAGAGUCCAGCACCGCUUGGUUUCUUUGCUCCAACAAACCUGGUUCACCUUGUCAAUUAAAUCCCAAGCAUAGGAGGUGUUUCUCAACUAGUGUUUCUCACUCCAGUCUCACUCUAGCCCACUGUGUUGGGAACUUGGAUAGGGAACAACUAUGGAACGGUCACAUUCGUACUGAAGACUAGGGUGAGGAACAUUUCCCCCAGACCAGUAUUCUGUGUUUGAGAGAAGAAAUUACAGAGAGAGGAAAAACUGGAAGUUAACAAACGGUGCUGGUCUCUGGCUUCUGCAAACUGCAGAAUGACAGCCUCACUCCAGCACUUGCUGCAUUGUAAUGAGCUCCUGGGGUUCAGUGAGUCCCAUACUGAUGAGGGAAAAUGAAGCAUUGAAACAUCUCUCUCUCUCUCACACACAUACACCCACACACACACCCUGUGUGUGAAUGUGUGCCUGAGACAGAUGGGGUGUCUGUGUGUGUGUGCCUGCUUGUUUACUCGGAGGUGAAUGAUUUAUGUACAGAAAUGAAGUCUUCCCCAAGAUUUUGUUCCAGCUCACUGGAUUUGCUAAUUCAAGCAUGCAGGCACACGUAUAUUUACCAGUUUACAAAUGUAACCUGGACUUGAACAGUUCUGCUUAAAGAGGGCCACGAGACAUCACAUUCUUCUUGUUGUCUCUUAAGAUUCAGACACUACGUUUUGACAUUUGUUUUAAAUUGUGCAUCUCAGUGAUGUGCUAAAAAAAUCCCAAGAGCUUGAUGAUCUCGGGAACGUGACGUUGCAACCCCUUCUGAUUGGUGACAACAUCAGAGAAGAUUUAACAUGUGGGGAUUGGAUGGUACAGCUGUCGUGUGAAAUGGGUGGGUCUACAAUGAUGCAGUGCGUCCUUUCACAAUUCUCAUCCUGUACUUGCUUUUACACAUUUUGAAGGGCAGCUUUUCAUCCUUUUUUUGUCCCUUUAUUUACAGUGAGAAAUUUCUCACUAAUUAUUGCAGUCAGUUGAUGUGUGUGGAAAUUGGGUGAAUGUGGAGAUUAUUUCUGUUUCGUUUAGUUUGAUAGCAGGAUUUCUCUGAGCGUAUAAUAAACUAGUAUGUUCUGUUUUCCUUUGUUUUUAUUGCUGCUUCUUACACACACACACACACACACACCUCACUAGCUGCCUUUUUCUCACACACAUGCGCACCUCUCACUGUAUCUGCCUUUUUCAUACGUUAAACUUUCCAAGCCACUUUCUCUCAUUACUACUUGUCAUGUCUAAUACUGAAGUAAGUGUGUGUGUGGUCUGCUUACACUGUUGUGUUCUGUGGCCUCUAACACACCCAUUCUCCUGAACUGGAAUUAUUUUGUUUACACGUUGCCUUCCCUUGCAUUUACUUUAAGCAGAUGUCAAGACGUCAGGAAGCCUCAGCCAAUUCUGUUGUUUUUGUUCAGGCCUAAGGAACUCUUCAUUACCUGGCCCAGGUGUGCUGGGAAUUGACAGUAAAUGUAGACUGGCUUGGGGCCCGAGACAUGGUUAGUGACUAAGCUGCUUACCACACUAGCUUCCAUUAGUUUUUUGGGGAAGAGUUAGCAUAUUUUACCUUUUUGGGUAUUCAUUUUAAUGUUUUACAGUUGUGGAUUUUUUUUCUUCUUUAAUUUUAAUAAAAACGGUAGACUGUGCUCAAAUAUAAGCAUUUUCAAAUAAAAGGUUUUAUUCUG